AGCUCGCUUGGGCCGAACGGGCAUAGGCAAGCAAACUGGGGCCCCUGGUUAGAAUUCCAGUCCGAACCCAAUCGACAUUUGAGGUCUUGCAAAUUGAAGCCUAGCGGAGGCUCCUCUCAGAUUUUGGGCAGGCAGGCUCCAAAUUGGUCGGUGUGCCUCCUUCAAUCCCACCGGCGCGCCGCCGCCAAAUCCACCAAAUCGGAACCCCAAUGGCAUCCCGGAUCGACCUCAUCAAUCCCCACGGCGACCGCGGCGACCCCGUCCCCGCCUCCCGCCGGCCGGUCUCGAUUCUUCUCGACGAGCAGCGGGCCCACUUCAUCGACUGCCGUAACGAGACCACGGCCACAGCCAAAUCGAGGGCUGGCUAUACCAUCUCGGUCUCUUUCUGGAUGGCCGAUCCACCGGACAUGUCCUUCUUCUCCGUCCACUGCACCAAGCCCCCCGGAUCCAAGUCCAGGACCGCCGACUUCAAACUUUUGCCGCACGUCGUCGGCGCGGAGGGCCGUUUCGUGCUCCUCCGUGCCCGCUUCUUCUCCCGCUACGGUAGAGAUGAAUACUUCAUGUACCAGGUCGGCGAUGGUCGGUCGCCGUCGCUGGAGUGGAUUCCGCUUCCAGACGCCGAUAAUGAUGCUACUACGCGCAUGGUCAAGGAUUUCGGCAUCGUGCCCCGCGACCCCGGGGGCCAUUAUCUACUGGCUGCUCUUGCUCAGGAUCAUGAUGCCCCGUCGGAGUAUCAUCUCCAAAUCUACUCGUCCAAGAAUAAAUCGUGGAGCACUCGGACACUACUGGAUCCAUGUCCUGCGGUUGAGAGGAUGACACCUGAGAAGGUAAUCAUCAGGCUUGAAGAAGGCAUACUUGGCUGGGUUGAUUUCUCGCAAGGAUUGCUGGUUUGUGACUUGCGUCAAGAUCCCCCUAGUGCACAUUUCAUCCCGUUGCCCAAGCCGUUGCCUGAAAACAGAGAAAAAUUAAAAUUACCCUCCACAGGAGCUUCCGCAAGGUCAUUUCGGGAUAUUACAUGCGUCAAUGGCCUGCUCAAGUUUAUUGAGAUGGUGCAGUUCCAGGUGACUGAAGAGCUGAGUGACUCUGGUGAUGAGGAUUGUCUCUACGAUUCGGACUUGAUUAGGUCACUCAAGCGUAAACGCAUGGACGAGAAGCCCAAGCCAAGGCAUGGUUGGAGGGCUGUGACAUGGAGUCGGAUGGUUUCAUCCAACUGUUGGCGCAAGGGAUAUGUUGUUGAUGUUGCUGAUGUCUCGGUCGAUGCAUCAGCACAUUCAUUGUUGUUGUCUGGACUAAGGGAUGACAAUUUUGGGAAGUUGACAUUCAGGGACCUGUUAUCGGCUUUCCCCACCCUGAGCACAUGCCUUGAUGAUACACUUUACCUCAAAACUAUGGUGGAACCCAGUGAUCAGAGUGGGUGUGUGGUCGCUGUUGACCUUGGAAACAAGACUGUGAAAGCUCUUGGAGCGUAUUCAUUUGAAGACCGUGACCCUUUCAAGCAACCUUUUCGUCCUUGUGCGUUGCCAUGUCAUCUAAACAUGAGUCCAGGCGUUAAAGUCUCAGCGUGUCAUGAGAUCACACAGGUGGGCAGCUCUGCAAAUUGUCCUGACAAUACAUCAAUCAGUAUGGAUGAGCCCAUCUUAGGCCAACCUAGGCUAUUGCACGAGAGAAUAAAGCAUGCACGAAAUGGAGGUCAGAGCAUUGUACAGAAGGAUCAUAUUUCACAGGUCCAUACUGUUCAAAACAUGGUAGAAUCAAGCAAACUCCAAAGGCCAUUGGAUGAGAAAAUUAAUCCUUCACAAAAUGAAGCACAGAGUAUUUUAAGGAAUGAUCAUAUUUCACAGGCCUGUCCUGUUCAGAACAGUCUGGUAGAAUCAACAGGCAAACUCCCAAGGCCAAUGGGUGAGGAAACCAACUGUUCACGAAAUGAAGAUCAGUGUGUUGUACAGAGUGAUCAUGUUUCACUGGUCCGUCCUCAGAACAAUUCGCAGUUUAAGUGGGACCGGCCCAUGUAUACUGGGCAAUCACGGUGGAUGUAUCCUGGGCAACCAUGGUGGCACCAUCAACAUAUGCCGUUCGAGCAACCACAGCAGUUGCUGCAGUCUACUGUACCCAAUGACCCUGGGUAUGCACAGUUGGCCCCUGCCCCUAGCUUACAUGGCUAUGUCAACUAUCAACCAGUAUGGCAGCAGCCACUACCAACGAGGUUUGGAUCCCAUGAGGUGCCACAAACAUGCUUCAACGAGUGCAAUGGAGCCAGCUACCAUGGUUAUUCACCGCAACUCCCGCCCCCGAAGUCAUUUGCCCAUGGCGCACACUCAAGCUAUGACAACAAUCAACCGCAGUGGCAAAAGCAGUGGCACAUUCCGGAUAUGCCUGCCUGUGCAUCUUGGCAGCAUCCGGAUCAGGUGCCACAUUAGCCUACACCAUAUACUGUUUGGAUCACAUGAGUUAAGGACAUUGGUGAAACUAAUAUGCUGGCAGUAAACCCUCUUGGAACUGGUUUCAGAUUGACAUAGAUAAUCAGUUGGACUUCCUGCAGAAUUUGAAAAUGUUCAGAAGACAGCUGCAAGUGCCCUUGUCCACAGAGAUCAUGGUCUUUGGUGGUGUGCAGCCUGCGGUCGGGACAGAGAAGCAUGCCAAAAAAAAAACUGUCACCCUGAACCCUGAUUAACGUUAACCAACAAUGUAUAGUGUCUUUGAAUAAAUUUAUUUAAAAUUUUGAACAGGUGAAACUAAAAUUUUAAAAAUGAUAGAAAAAGGUAAAGGAGAAUGCAAAUGAUAAAGAAAGACUGCGAGCCAACACGCAAAGAGCACUGCCACGUAGCGUGAUCACCAUUGCCGAUCUAUCUAUUAACAGAAACCAGAGUACUUUGGUUAUGAGCAAAGGAUAAAGAAAGACUGCGAGCCAACACGCAAAGGGUACUCUCAAGAGCAUCCAAAGUAGGUGUCA